AUGUCCGUGAACGCGUCGUCAUCUUCGUUCGACUACGUCUACAUGGAGAGCCCCUUCCGCGGCUUGGAGAACGGCGGGCACGCUUUCUUCGCCUUCUUCCUUCUCGCCUACGCCAUCACGCUCACGGGCAACUCCCUCCUCCUUACCGUGAUCCUCACGGAUCGCUCGUUGCACAAGCCCAUGUACGUGAUGCUAACCAACCUCGUCGCCAGCGACCUCAUUGGCAGCACCGCAACGCUGCCGCGCAUCAUGUACAACAUCGUCGGCUCCAACGCCAUCAGCCUGCCCGAGUGCUUCACGCAGAUGUUCUUCGCGCACAUCUACGGCGUCCUCUCAAGUUUCUCCCUCUCCGCGAUGACAGUCGACCGCUACCUGGCCGUGUGCCGGCCGCUGCGCUACCACGCGCUCAUGUCGAACGCGCGUGCGCUGAAUGUGAACGCGGCAUUGGCCGCAACGACCUUGGUGCUCAUCCUCGCAAUGAUGGGGCUGAUCGUGCGCCACGACUUCUGCAAGGAGAUGGUGAUCCACAUGCCCCACUGCGACCACAUGACCAUGGCGGCCCUGGCCUGCGGUGACGUCACCGUCAACGGUCUCUACGAUCUCAUCACCAAGAUGGUGGGGCUUGUCGGCUGCCUGGUCACCGUGACCAUCGCCUACCUGCGCAUCGCGUUCGAGUGCCGUCAGCGGGCCACGCGCGAGGGCCAGGCGAAGGCCGUGAGGACGGUGGUCACUCACCUGCUGGUGGUGGUCACGUUCUUCAUGUCGGGCAUUCUCAUCGUGGUGGUGCACCGCCUGCAGAAGGUGUUCAACAUGCCGGCGAGCGUAAACGUCUACCUGGUGGUGAACUUUCACACGUUGCCCGCACUGAUGAACCCCAUCAUAUACGGGCUGUGCUCGGCCGAGAUCCGGAGGGCCCUCGCCAAGCUGGCAAGGCGCAAAGUGGGGCCUUCUGAAUGA